AUGUCCGACGAAGUCUCCCAAUUUCUCGAGCAGGUCGAGCGCCUGCGCGGUCAGCAGAUCGAAGAAGACGAAGUGAGAGCUCGUGAGCUCGAAGAUUACUUGGCUGCAAAGCGAGAAAGACAAGCUCGCCGAGAAGAACGUGCUCGAUCCAUCUCACCACAAAAGUCAUCUCCUGCAAAUACUCCCUCACCACGUUCGAGUCGACGUAGUAUCCACCUCACUGAGGCAUUGAAGCUCGAUUCCCCAAGAUUCCAAAGGGACGAGAGUGCCUCACGAUUGUCAGAAUCUGAGGCGAAAGCCGACACUUCAAUGGAUCUGAGUUCUUCACCGACCAAGGAGAACGAAGCUCCCUCUGACGUCGACACCAAAUCUGCGACCACACCACCCACCCGUUACUCUACACUGUCGUGGCAGCGAAGGCCUAACUCCCGUAGCGGCUCUACCCGCCCUCUAAGCAUGCUCGCAACCCAAAAUGCGACCCAACGGUCAUUUAUCGGGUCGCAUGAUUCCACACCUGCUCCUGCGUCAGCCACCGAAGAGACCUUCUCGAAGGAUCAGAUUGCCCAGUCUCUGGGUUCCAAGGACCCUUCGUGGUUCCGCCAAACGGCGGACCGAGGGGCAAGCUCGGCUGCUUACCGAAAGAACCAGGUUGAGGAUACAGACCGCCUAGAUAUGGCCUCAGUCAAGGCACAAUUGCCGGGCAUGACUGAUGAACAAGUAAAGCCAAGCCCGCCCGUUGAAAAGCCUAUUGAGAAACCUCUCGAAAAACCCGCCGAGGAACCUGCUACGCCCACUAAAAUGAAGCUGGCAAAUCCUCCAUCUCUCAACCCUCCUGCUUUUGAUGCUGGGGAAGACAAGUCUCUGGAUGGCCGUCUUUCAAACGCCUCUCCAGGCCGUUUGUCUCCCACUCGGUCCAAUUCGCGAUCCAGCUCACCUACGAAGGGCAUGGGCGGCUUUGUCCAGAGUGCUAUGAUGAAGAGAUCAGACAGCGUCAAGCGAUGGAGUGUUACUAGCCCUCCAAGCCUCAACCGUGCCAAUUCGAUUCAAUCGAGCCAAGGUGCUGGUUUGUCCUUGAAUACUCGCCCACAGAGCAGAUCAGGACCUGGAGCGACAACGCCAGGCUCAAGCCGACCAACAUCACGACACGGAGAGUCUGAUAACGAGGUCACACCAAAGGCUCCUGCUCCUGCUCCUGCGCCUGCUCCUGCCCCUACCGUGGACACCGCUUUGGGUGACUCUGCCUUGCCUCUCAGUCCAACCAAAACAAUGGAUCCCCGAAGGUGGAGUCCGACAAAGUCAAGCUGGCUCGAGAGUGCCUUGAACAAGCCUCCCGAGUCUCCAAACAAGUCCCAUCAUAAGUCUAGUUCAUCGCAACCAGCAUGGAUGGCCGAGCUUAAUAAGAACAAGGGAGGUCUUCCUGAGGGAACCACCCGGCCUCGCCCAGGUUCAAUUUCUCACAAGCACCAAGUUAGCAUCGGAGGACUUAUGAGAUCUACUCCAAUGGGAACAGCAACAAAGACCAAUACGACUGGCCUUGGCGGUAUAUACUCUCCCCCUCCUGGCGGAAACCGACCUCUUAGCAUGCAUGGCAGCUUGGGAUUCCCUAAGAGCGCGCCUAAGCUCGAACCUGAGACUCCCAUUGAGGCCAAGAUCACACAGUCUGACUCUGAGCCUGUCCCUGAUCCAGAGCUUACUGAACAAGAGAAGAAGGCACCGGAACCCACUAAGGAGGAGACGACAAGCCCCAAAGAGGCGAAACCUGCUUCAACUUUGCCCACGAAUAAGCCGGAGGCACCCAACAAGAUAGAUUUCCGCAAGUCUUUGAGACCCAGGCCAACUGGCUCAGAUACGCCCAAGACUCAAGAGCCUGAGUUCAAGAACGUUUUUGGUACUCUCCGUAGGACCAAGACCCAAAACUACGUGGCUCCUGACGCGUUGAAGGAUAAUAUCCUCCGAGGCAAGGCUUCCCUGAACCAAACUGGAGGCCCGCAAAAGACAGAGAGAGUGGACGAAUUCAAGGAUGCCAUUUUGAAGAAGAAGGACGACUUUAAGAAAGUCCAGGCCGAAGGCAAAGGCAUCUCACGGAGCAACACCCCCACGAACGAUUCCCCACUUCCAGAAGGACUUGCUAAGAGAGCUGAAAUGGCAAGGAGAAAGUCCGUGGCUGACGUCAAGUCAACACUUGCAUCGAGUAAGCCAGAUUCGCCCAAGCCGACACCAGGUCCCAAAAGGAUGCACAGCCAGACCUUUUCCACGCCCAAGUCUGCUCCUAAACCAGCCCCAGAACCCGCUGACGAGGGUCUAAAGCGAGUAGUUACCGAUUCUAAAGCGAAACCGGAGGCACCGAGAGGUUUACCAGGCCUAAACAAGGAAACGAGCUCACCCGGUAGACUGCAAGGAGGUAUAGGAGGUAAGCUCGCUGGACGGUUCAACCCGGCCCUCGCUGGUAUGCUCGCACGAGGACCGCCUCCUAUGGCUACCAACGGGGGCAAGGCCCCUGAGGAAUCCGAAUCCAAGGGGUCUGCCAGCGCAAUGGUUACAGAACCCUCCGCUCCCGGGCCGCAACUGACACAUAUGACUAAGGGUCGAGCUCGAGGUCCUAGGAGAAAGGCGCCAACCAAAGCUGCCCCCUCAGCUGUCUCCGGAGCUUCAACUGAACAAAAGCCUGCACAGGAAAAACCCGUUCCCGCACCGAAACCUAUCGAACCUGCCAAGGAGAAGCCCCUGGAACAAACCGUUGCCCCUGCCGAAAAAGCCGAGUCUACCCCCGCUCCUUUUUCGAUCCAACAACAGGUCGCCGCGAAAGCUGCUAUCCAAAGAAAGCCCGUCCUCACCAAACCCGCCGCUGAGCCUCAAGAUAACGAGCCCCGGAGACCUCCCACUCGUGAAGACCGAACCUCGUUUUCCUCUAAGCGUUUCUCCAAGGCUGAAGUUACACCACAUGACGUUCCUUCACCGUUGAGAAUUCAAAAGACUGGCGACGCUGGUUCACAGCCCGGCUCACCCAAGAAGCUGGACACCAACCGCAUGUCUCGAUUCCUUGAUCGCUCAAACGAUGCGCCAGAGCCUGCUAAAGAACCUGUGCGAUUGACUCAUCAACGUACAGGUUCUCGGUCUCCAGUCAAAAUGUUUCAGCGUCAACUGCCAGACCCUGAGCCAUCGUCCCCGACAAAAGUCGACAGUGACCCAGUCGUAUCUAUAAAGAAUGCUAGAGCCAUGUUUGGCGGCGCAGCCCCAGCCCCUUCACUAUCUACAAAGCCUUCAUUGGAAAGAUCGGAGCCCGCUGUUCUCCGGACACCUCCACCUAAAGCAUCCCCUCGUCCUCUUCCUCAGUCUGAACACUCUUCACCUUUACAAGUCAACAAGACACCGUCUCGAGUGGCUACUCGUCCCCUGCCUACACCUCCAAGCAAAGAGCCUGAGACUCCCCAGGCGCCCCAAACCCCAAAGGCCCAGCAAACACCCUCCGCCCCACCGAAAACCCCUAGCCAGGGCAACGAUGUUGCGAGCUUGCUGACGGACUUCUUUGGGCCAAAGCCUCCCAAGGCUGAGUACAAGGUGGAUGCUGCAGAGCUUUUGAUGAACCGACCUCCAACAGGACCAAUAAAGCUUCAGAGCCUCAGUUUCCAGGUUUUCCAAAUCUCAGCGGAGGGCAAGAAGUCCCCGGUGGCGUCUCACUACGAGCGGACACUGUUUGAACGAGAGAUGUACAUUGCUCCCCAUAGCUUCACAAACGAAGCUGGAUGGAAGCGAUUGGAAAUCUACUUCUGGAUUGGCGAUCAAGUACCAGAGUCUGCAGCCGACGAUGCGCUUCUCUUUGUUCAAAAGGAAGCCAAGGCGUUGGGCGGCAAGGUAGUCAAGAUGCAUCAGGGCAAGGAAACAACCGAGUUUCUGCAAGCUCUCGGUGGUGUCAUGUUGAUAAGAAGGGGCUCCAGCAACAAAUACGAUUCACUAGCACCCAACAUGCUCUGCGGCCGGCGUUAUCAGGGUCAGGUCGCUUUUGAUGAGUGCGACUUGACCACAGCAAGUCUAUGCGCAGGAUUCGUCUACGUUAUCACCAGUAAGGGUAAGGCCUACAUCUGGAAGGGGCGAGGAUGCGAUGUGACAGAGUUGAGCGCCGCCAAGCUUGUUGCUAUCGAGCUCACUCUUACUGGAGAGCUGAUCGAGAUCGAUGAUGGCGAUGAACCCGAGUCAUUCUGGAGUCUAUUUGAAGGAAGAUCAAAGCCUCACUCAGCCGAUCAUUGGAGACUCAAGCCCAACUACUCCAAGUACUGCAGCAGACUUUUCUGCUCAGAUGCAGAGACACGACAGCAGGUCUUUGAGAUUGCGCCUUUCAACCAAUACGACCUCUCCCCUGAGCAUAUCUAUGUUCUUGACGCUUUCUUCGAGAUGUACAUCAUUGUUGGCGCUCGUGCCCAAUCCCAAUAUGCAUCCUUCCGCAAUGCUCUCGACUUUGCUCAAGAAUAUGCCAUUCUUGCUGCAGGUAUGGAGGAUCGUCCUUUCGUUCCCAUCUCGACUGUUGUACUUGAGGGCAUUCCUCGGGAUCUCAAGCGUGUUUUCCGAUUCUGGCGGGAUGAUCUGAACCCUACUGUCACCAACACUUCAACUUCUCUCAAGAGAGGUCGCAGUCUGAGGGUAGUGUCAUUGACACAAGCACUGCAAGCACUUAGUGAGUAG